GGACCUUUUGGGAAUGGGAUCUACGUGCACAGAAGAGCUAUACGGGUGUAAAUACUGACAGACUGGCUAGUAAUCCCAUUUGUGGUGCAUCAGGUGCCUCCUCCUGCUGCGGCUGCACCUGCUGCUGCGGUUAAGUUUGAAGGACUGCCUGAGAAAAAGAAGAUGAAGGUGAAAUGGAGUCAAGUGCUUUUGGUCUUCUUCCUGGUGGUGUCUGUAAUCAUGACGGGCUGCUUCUUUUGGCAAUACCAACUGCCCAAACUGCUGCCAGAUGAAAGCAUGGGUCGCAAUACUAAAGCAGAAAUGAUCUGUCCACGUUUUCCCGAGCCUGUGCCAUUGGAGCACCCUAUUCCCAUACUGAAGGACGCUCUUGAGAAGGUGGACGUGAUACUGCGCCAGAGCACUAACCCUGUCAGCCUGCCCUCACUGUCGGCUAUUGUUGUUCUGAACGACACUGUGCUGUGGACCGGCAACUUUGGGAAGAAGAACAUCAGUGACCCUCUGGCUGGCCCUCCAAAUGAGUACACUGUCUACAGAAUUGCCAGCCUGUCAAAGAUCUUCCCCACUCUGAUGUUGUACAAGCUGUGGGAGGAUGGGAAAAUUGCCUCCUUAGAUGACCCUCUGGAGAAGUACGUGGAUAACUUCACCAUCAAGAACCCUUUGGGGAGGUCCCGGGACUCAGAGCUCAAGCACAUCACAGACGGACUCAUAUUUUUGGACAGCGGAGAGGUGCAGAUACGCUCCACGUCAGUCACUCUGAGGAGGAUGGCUAGUCAGCUCUCAGGUUUGCCCAGAAGACUUCGAGCCACCAGUUUGCUUUGGAAAGGCAGAACACAAACCGCAAUUAACCUUCUACAAGAUGAUGUUCUCGUAGCCGACCCAGGCACCAAAUGCCAUUACAGUAACUUGGCCUUUUCACUACUUGCUCACGUCAUGGCAGAAAGAAUAGUUGGCGUGGAAUACCAGCGCUGGGUCCUUGACAACAUUUUAGACCGUUUGGGGAUGGAGGACACUGGCUUUGAUGUAUCUCCUGGAGUCUACAGUCAAAUGGCAGUCGGGGUUUAUGCCAAUGGCAAACCAGCACCCCUCUAUGACCUUGGUUGGUAUCGCCCAUCUGGUCAAAUGUACUCAACAGCAGCAGACCUAGCCAAACUUGCCAUGAUGCUUUUGGGAGCUUACCAUCGUAAACUACUUGAGCCGGAUUCCUUGAAGAUCAUGCUAACUCCACUCUACAGGUGUGAGAAGGAUUACUUUGCCAACCGCACUGGAACACCAUGGGAGGUCAAUGAGCUUAUGGGGUAUGAGGUUUUGCGCAAAGAUGGUGAUUUGGAUGGUUAUUCUGCAACCUUUUCAUUAGUCCCAAGACUAAAGUUAGGAUUUAUAGUUUUAAUGGCAGGAAGUCGACCACAAAAACAGGAUAUAGUCAUCAAAGCAUACAACCAAAUAAUUCCCGCCAUAGAAAAAGCUUUCAGAGAAGCCACAAAAGUACUCAACGCACCACCAAAAGCUGACCCAUAUGUUGGCUUCUUUACUUACAGCAACAUCACAUUUUAUGAAAUAAGAGCUGGCUCUGACGGAGUUUUGAUCAUGCAACAAUUUGGGCCACAGAUCGAAGAGCUAAUACCAGAAAAAUACAGGACAAUAAAACUGAACUAUUUAGUCGAUCGUGUCUUUAGAGUUGUUUUCGAGACAGAAUAUCCCUGUGUUCUGCGAGUGGGCACUGCCUCUGUGUCUCUGGAGGCACAAGACGGACAGUUAUUUAACUUCUACAACUUCAACAAAAGAGGUGUGUCGCCCGGAUUUGAUGCACCAGGACUUAACACUUACAACGUGGUGAGAAUAGCUCGGAGACCCUCUUUUUCAAGCUGAAGUAUAGCUUUGCAAAAGUGUA